AUGGCCGAUGAUGGUAUGCUUAUGAACUGGGAGAUCAGUGAUACACCGAUUUUUGCGAAACCAACUGUUCAGGGAGGACGCUGGAAAGAUCGACUAGCAGCAAAACGGCAAGCUCGAGGACCCCAUUCGAGAGAGAUUUUCAGGGAAGGCCGACAAGACAACGGAAAAGAAGAAUACAUCGGGCCCAAUGCAUCAGAGCAUCCACCGAAGAAACAGCGCUUCGACGACCACUCUGCGAACGAUGACAUCCAGCACGCGCCUCCAGCCGAGGAGUACAUCCCAAGAAGUAGGGCGCCCCCAGCCGAAGAAUACACCCCAAGGACUAGAGCGCCUCCACGAAAUAGACCAGUCCAAGAAGAAUCACGGCGAUCGUUUGUUGCUGGUAAACUACCUUUAGGUAGCAUAUCAAUUGGGGGUGGUGCAAGCAAAAAGAUAACAUUUGAUGAUGAUACGAGAGAUACAAGAAAGCCAUAUGUGGAUGAUAAAAGGAAGCCGUUCGUGGCUGGGAAACUACCAGCCGGGAGUAUCAAUAAUGGCAUGAGCAAAGAAGUGGCCGCUGCAAAACCGGGGCAGGUUGUCUCGUCUUUGUUCACGUUCAAUCCAUCCUCGAAGACCAAAUUUGAAGAGCCGCCAGAGGAAGCUCAAGAACCAGCGCAGCCAUCUAAUGCUCCACUCACGGACGAGAUGGCUACUUUUGUCAAUCUAGGACUGUCGAGGCGGUUGGCAGCACACUUAUCAACUAAGAUGGAUAUGAAAGCACCUACUGCAAUUCAGAAAGCAGCAAUCACUCAAAUGAUCAAGGACGAUAGCGAUGCCUUUAUUCAGGCAGAAACUGGUUCAGGAAAGACUUUAGCAUAUCUCCUCCCAAUUGUGGAGCGAUUGUUAGCCAUGAGCAAAGGCGAUGCGAAAAUACACAGGGACUCGGGUAUUUUUGCAAUCAUUCUUGCUCCAACACGAGAGCUCUGUAAGCAGAUUGCGGGAGUGCUCGAGCGGCUUUUGAGAUGCGCGCCGUGGAUAGUUGGUACAACUGUGAUAGGUGGCGAAAGCAAGCAGUCUGAAAAGGCUCGGUUACGAAAGGGGGUGAAUAUUUUGAUCGCUACUCCUGGUAGACUUUCUGACCAUCUGGAUAAUACCGAAGUGUUGAAAGUUGCCCAAGUACGUUGGCUUGUCCUGGAUGAGGGUGAUAGACUUAUGGAGCUUGGAUUCGAAGAAGAGAUCAAAGGGAUUGUAGAAAGAGUUCGACGAAGCUCUCUAAGGGUUGAAACUCUCAAUGGAAUCGACCUGACCGCGCUACCGAAACGAAGAAUCACCGUUUUGUGUUCGGCAACCAUGAAGAUGAAUGUUCAGCGACUAGGAGAAAUUAGUUUGACAGACGCUGUUCAUAUCCAAGCAGAUCCUGCGGACGAAGAUACCUUGAAGGUGCUUCCUGCAGGCGACGAAACCGAAGAAAAGAAAUUCUCGGCACCAGCACAACUAAAGCAAGCUUAUGCUGUGGUUCCCGCAAAAUUGCGACUGGUUACGCUUGCAUCUAUAUUGAAGCGAGCAUUCGCCCGAAGGGGAUCUGUCAUGAAAGCGAUCGUUUUCAUCUCUUGUGCCGACUCCGUAGACUUUCACUUCUCAAUGUUCAGUCGUCCACCACCACCCGCGGAAGGAGACACUGUUAUUGAGCGCCCUGAGCUGCCGAAAGGGGAGCUGACAAAAGACACGAUUGCUCAUGGGACGACAUUUUCCAGUGACACAAAUUCUGUUGUUCUCCAUAGGCUACAUGGCUCCCUAGCUCAGAACAUUCGUACGGCUACUCUCAAAGCGUUCACGCAAUCUACCGAACCAUGUGUGUUGAUUUGUACCGAUGUUGCAUCUCGAGGUCUCGAUCUUCCAAACGUGGACUAUGUCAUAGAAUACGACCCCCCAUUCAGCGCCGAAGACCAUCUACAUCGUGUUGGUAGGACUGCUAGAGCAGGACGAGAAGGUCGCGCACUGAUCUUUUUGUUACCUGGCGAAGAAGAAGAAUAUAUAUCAAUCCUUGCCUCUGGAUAUAAAGAGGGCAAAAAGGCUUUGACACACAAUACCGCCGAUGAUCUGUUGAGGAAAGGAUUUGGUGGUACUGGAAGAGAAUGGGAAGAAAGAGCUACAGAGUGGCAGCUGGAAGUUGAACGCUGGACACAGGAAUCUCCGAAAUAUCUAGAAAUGGCACGUCGUGGUUACCAAAGUCACAUCCGAGCGUACGCUACUCAUGUAGCGGAUGAACGGCAUAUUUUCAAUAUGCAAACCCUCCAUCUAGGACAUCUCGCCAAGGCAUUCGCUCUCAGAGAUAAACCGGGUAGUAUCAAGGUUCCCGGAUUACGACCUGCCAAGAUGACCAAAGCGGAUAGGAGCGUAGCUGCAAGAAAGGCGAAGAGAGGAGAGGUUGAUGUGGACAAAGCGCCUGAAGGAGAGAGGGUUAGGAAGCAGAGGAAACUAGAUCUCGAUAUGCCUACUGUGGAUGGUAAUGAUGCUGCGAGAAGGAUGAAGAAGAAGAUGAAGGAGCAUAUGGCUGUCGCUUCCGAGUUCAAUAUUGGUUAA